AUGUUUGUUUGGAAUUGGCAUCACUUGAAUCCAGCAGGAAUGAACCACUUUGAAUGGGUCUAUGGGGUUACGCCCAUGUCUGAUCUUAGCGUCAUCUAUGCAAGCUGGAUUGCCUAUUUUAUAGUCAUCAUCUCUGUUCGCUGGUAUAUGGCAGAGAGAACGAGAAUCGAUAAAACGCACAACGUGUUGCAGUUUUACAAUGGCUCCAUGAUUAUCUGCAGUACAUUUGUGUGGUAUAUAUCUUCCAUUUCCACUUGGAAUAUUGUGAGACACGCACCAGGCAUCUUUCCUUACUGCCAUGCUGCUCAGUACCCUGCGUAUCAUCAGUAUGGCGGCCAAAUGUUCUACUCCAUGUACAUUUGCUAUUUGCUGCGGUACUAUGUGUUCUUUGAUACAGUGAUUCUGGCAUUAAGAAAGAAAUCGAUACCCUUCUUGCACUGGUACCAGCAUAUGUUUGUUAUUCUCAUGCUGUGGUCAUGGAUACAAGAUCAGAGCAUAUUUGGAAGUUCAGCAACAGCCAUCAUUAGCUUUGUGCAGAUGUUUAGAUACUGCUAUUACUUUUGUCACUGCACAAAUAGUUCGGCCACAGCCGCUUGGAUCAAGAAUGUCGCCUUGUUCUUUGAGAUUAUCCAAUUUAUUGCAGGUAUCACGCUGACAGGCUAUCAAAUGAGCAUCUGCCCACAAUCCAACUGUGUUUUAUUAUCAGCAAGUAUUAAUGUAACCAUGGUGUACAUGGUUGUUAAAUUCUAUGACUCGAGCGAAAAGGCUGUGGCUACCACAAGAGAGCAUUAUAUAAGAAGGAACAGCAGUAAAAAAGAACUGAUGGAACUCUGA